AUGGUCAAAAGUUAUCUUCCGUCGAAAUGGGGCGCUAAGAAGCACCAGUUUGGGUGGAGGCUGGGAGCAGCCUGCCACACAUCCCUACACAAGUGGGACACCCUCAUCGUCUCAGUGCAAGCACACUCCUCCGGGCAUCAAGGCCGUUUCUUCUGGGAGGGAAAAGGGGGGCGACGGAGCCAGGCGCACAGCAGUGGCGGCAGAAGAUACGUGAUUCACCCCAUGCAGGCAGCAACAAAGAGUUACCGAGGCAAAUCACACUCGUAUAGAAGACGCCGUCUAGCAAUGCUGGACUGCACAAGACUGGGUCGAUGGGGAGGGGGGCGUGCGAGGGGGGCGUGCAGCAGGCAACACCACAUCCCGAGAGCAGGUCACCGACUCCAGACCGUACUGUAA